UGUAUGUAGUUCACUGUUCGUGCUGAACGGUUGUUACUAGUACCUGUUCUGUGUACUUAAUCGUUGAGAUUGUUAUCUGAUAUCCCACAACAGGCCACAACAGGACCGCCUGUUUGCCACGGCCACUUCAGUCACAUGAGUACAAAUUUGGACCAAAUUUAAAUGGCGGUCGACAACUCUUUGACUCGUUUUAUAAUACGCAAGCAAAUCAUUUCCGUCCUCGUUGUACAAUGUCACGCACGACUUGUUUUUGGUGUCACCAAGGAGCUUGCUAAGUCAUAGAACGGUUUUAUUUACCAUUCAACUUCGGCGACACGAACUGAUUCAUUAUACAUGGAAUUUGCUUUGGCAGCAACCUCGGAUUCCAGAUCUGCGGGCACUUUGAUUUCCUCUUGAGAUCGUAUCCGGGGGAUAUUCUGCGAUAAGAUCCUCGUUGUAAAGAGGAAGCUGUGGGGGAUUUGGAACUGACCAACAGCAUUGCACACAGGAAACAAGCUGAAGAAACGUGGCCAAAAUGACGGACAGUUUACCAACAAUCUCGGACAUCAAGUCCAUCAGCCUGGAGGAGUUCGACAGGAUGUCAGGGCCAGCGGCUCGGCCGGUCAGUCGUCAGGCCACAACCGCCACCAGUGUCACCGCCACGACACGCUCACUACCUACCGGUGUACCCCUAAACACAUUGCAAGUCACACCAGACGUUUACAGCAAAGCACUGCUGCUCAACUUCCUCGUGAAGGCUUCCAACGGCGGACUCAUUAACGUUCCAACGACCAAUACUGACACUCGAGGAAAACCAAUUUUUGCACCCUCGUAUGAUGGAGUACGUCCAUCAAUUGUGUACAUGCCUUCGAGAGACCAUACUCAGAGUGCAAGCAGCAUAACCAACACGGGCGAGCUGACUACAAAACGUUCCUUCGUCAGAAGUGGACGCAGUGGUUACCUGGCUACUGAGGAUCUUUAUCCCCGAGGAUUCUUCUCUCGCACCUCCGCCUUGAAAAGGAAGCUACAAGAAUCACAAGAGGCGAUCCGUGCUUUGAAGAAGAUGAAGCGAUCAUAUGAGGAAGGCGUGGUGUGGAGUGAUAAGGAUUACCAUCCGGUGGAUCUAACAGUAACGGGAAAGGUGGACCACAGUGUCCGGCAAACUAGUUCAUUCCGGUCACAUCCGGUUGGUCUUGAUGAGCCAUCAGCCACAGCAGUCAAGACCCCGGAUGUCCAUCACGUGACGAAUGACGUCAGCAGGACAACUCGUGACGCUCAGUCACAGAAAGUCAACAGCUCUUCCCAGCAGACUUCACCGGUGAAGAAGAGGCGCAGUCUUUCGGAGGUGGUAAACAGUUUGACCAGUAAACAGCGCGGUCAGAAGAGUUCGAACCCCAAGUGAAUAGCUAGGAGUUCCAGAAUGUUUUUCGAACAUUUCUGGUAGAGCCCAUUGUGUGUAGAGCACUCAAAAUGUUAUUCGGGACCAUUAUUGUUUUAUACUAUUAUUAUCAUCAUGAAUUAACAUGUUCAAGUCAACAUAUCGAUUGAUGAAAGUAGCUUAUUAUGUAAGUCGAUUUUGCUUCCGUCAGAGAGUGGCAGUAGUAGUCUUAGCUGCCUAGACAUUCUGCAGGACUCGCCAAAAAGCAGUUACUCAAGCAACUGGAUAAAUGAUUUUGGAAACGGCUAGAUGUUUCAGGUAGUAUCUACUAGCAUUCGUCAGUGACUGAGAGACCAGAGGAGAAAUGCAGGAUUAUAAGCACAAACUAUUGAUUGAUAUGCAAAUAUGCAAUCAGACUAUUCUGCUGGACUAAUUACAUGUUUUUGAACCCCUGCCGUCAACAUUUGACGAUAGUGGGCAUCUUCCACUGACUUCUACAAAACUGCUAAAAGUGAUCGUCGAAGCCGACUAAAUCUGGUCCUUUUUGGCACCCUAUACAAGCUGACAGACGCUCCAGGGCUGUUCAACGGAGUCACCUCUUCUUCUUCACCUCGUCUUGAGCUUCACCCUCUCGGGUUGUAAAGUCAGAGAAGAAGGGUCACUGACAAAUUGACAAGGUCAACCCAAGUU